AUGCUGGCAAAAAACUACUUUACUCGUGCCUUUUUGUCGACUGUGUUGACCCUGUGUCGUGUCAAUCUCAUCAGUCUAAGUAUUCCCGAAUUCCCUCCGCGAAUUAUUAUGUCUGAGGAUAAAAACUUUCUCACUGGACACCUUCAGCCACUUGGGCAUCAACGUUCUCCCAGUGGAGCAGUUAAAGAGUACACUGAGGCUGUCCGACCGGAAGAGUUUUGGGAAAAGCAUGUGAACCUUUCUGUUCCGCUUGUGCUCCGCCAAGGAAUUGGAAAAUCACCAGCUUUAAAUACUUGGAUAAAUGAUGAUUAUUUGAGAGAUAGCUACGGUGAAUUAGACGUACUAAUCGAGUUAAAGGAAGAAGACAGGGCACACUCGACUAGAAGAAUGAACAUCUCCGAGUUUCUGUCUCGGUACAAACAUGAAGAUAUUUACGUUGUUACUCUUCUACCAGAUCCUAUGAGAAAAGAAAUCCAGGUAACCAGGUUGUAGCUCUUUAUAAGUAAAAAUUUUAAUUUCCAUCAUUUCACACCAUAAUUAACACCUUCACGCCUUAUUUAUCUGAAUGCAUCUUGUCCGGUAAACUAAGUUUUGAAUGUUCAUUUUAAACUUUUCUUCCAUCAAACAAAUAGCGCAAGCCUGACCUGAAUGGUCCCGCGGUCAAAGGGGGUGUGGUUUUGGAACUCCAGAGUUUGGACAGGAGACUGGGAUGUAAUGAUUCAAAUUGUGUUAAAAAGUUUUUUUUCCAAGGAGAGCAAAGGAAUCAUUUUAAAUGCACAAAUUAUCCUUCACAGAUAGCACAUAAUUUAGCCUGAAUUUCAGACAAUUACUUCGAGUCGUUUUUACUCCCUUACUGAGGGAGUUAAAAUGCCCCUUGAAGAUUCAGGCUACAAAUAAAUACCCAGGUGUCCAACCUUGUUCCCAGGUUCUCUUUCUUACUGAGAUUCUCUCUGUCUCUCGCUCCGUAGAUACGGGUAGGAGAGAACCCUGGGAACAAGGUUACCAGGUGCCACUCUGCUGUUAAACUCCUUCUUCCAUUCAGAAAUUUCUCUUCACACAGGUUCCAUACUGUUUGUUGUGUGGUUCUUUCCUUGACUACAUUCAUGAAACCAACUUUUGGAUGAGCUCUGGAGGAACACGUUCAGUCAUCCAUUAUGAUGCAGAUCACAACCUCCACUGCCUGGUUUCUGGACGUAAAGAUUUUAUCAUGAUUGAAAGAAAAUAUGCUGAAGACUUGUACUUCUUUGAAAUGGUACAGUAAUUAAUGAAAGACUUAAUGACAACAACAAACUUAAUUUUAAAAUAAGCUGAUAAUAUCACAGACACUGCCCACAGCUGGCAAGACUAUUCGAGAUGGGACAGUGCAUGCAAAAAAAGAUUAAGGCGAACUAAGGAACAUUUAUAGACUUAUUUCUUGAUAAAGUAGUAGUAUUAUUUUAGACAAAUCCAUCAACGUGUAUCCCCCGCCCUGAUAUCAUGUUUUAAACCCUCCUAAUGCAGCUCUCACCCUUCUCUGUCAUCCUUUUUUCCCCGGCCAUACCUCAAAUUUUCUCUUCUUGGUUUACCCCACCCAAACCCAUCCUGUACCCUAAUUCACUCUCAAACAUCAUAAGUUUCUUCUUUUAUUCAAGCCUUUAAACACCCACCUGCCUCUUUUAAGGCAAGCUUUACCCUCUUUUCCUGGCCAAACCCUCCUAAACUGUUGAAAUCCCUUCUUGACUUACUUGUUAUAUUUAAGCCACAUUCGACUUAUUUGAAUCCAGUGUACCACAAACUGAAUAUUAUAUUCCAUUCUUAAGCUUUUCUUGAUUUUCUAACAUGAACUGUACCUUUGAAAUUAACUUUCGGCCAUACAUCCUAGGUAACCCUUUACUUUUGGAUUUUUUUUCUUUCAGAAAGAGUAUUCAGGAUCAUCAUUUUCUGGAAUUGACCCUAACAAUGUAGACUUAGUGAAAUUCCCACAUGUAGCUAAGGUUCCAUGGACAUAUGCUACACUCAGCCCAGGGGACUGUAUCUACAUUCCCGCAGGUAAAAAAUAUCAGUAAAAAAAUCAACAAUCUUCUAUUAAAUUGUUAUCUUCCAGAUCAUUCCAGUCAACACACGGUGAUCCAUCCAUAGUCUCUCCCUGGAUCAAAGCAACACAGAAAGCUAUGAGAAUCUAAAGUGAAAAUUUACCUUUUAAAUAAAAUUAUAAUUGCACUUUGAAUUAUUAUCCCCAAAAACUCAUCACAAUAAAUGCUUUCUAUUAAAAUUAAUAUCAAGAGCGUACUCUCCACACUAAUCGAUAUCUUAGCCACAUACAACCCACUAUCUCUUUCUUUUCACUGACAAAGGGUCUAUAACAUCAAAAUUCUCAGCUCUUUACAAUGGAAAAUUUACUUAAUCAACUCAUAUAAUAAAACUUUGUUCCCCCGCAAUCCAGUGAUACUUUAAGAAUCGGCCUGUUCUAAAGAAUUGUUAACAUUAAUACUUGGUUCUGAGUCUGAGCCGAGGUAUAAAACAAAAGAAAGUGAACGGAGAUGCAGAGGUAAACAAUUAAUUUCUUUUGUUUUAUUCUCGUCAGCAUCAAUAUUAUGAAUUUUGGUAAUGGGUCUUUAAAGCCUCCCUGCCCCACCCCUCUGCACUGAUGGAAAAUAGCCCACUGGCUUAUCUCCCGCCAGUUGGGAUUUUUAGUUCAAGGCAGACAAACAAAUGAAAACAUGGCUUUGUUUUCUCAACAGAAUACAUCCACCAGGUCAGAUCAUACAAGAGAACAAUAUCAGCCACAAUUCUUUUCACCUCUGGUCCUCUUUUGGACACACCCUUUAAACCUGAGGGUUGUAAUGAGACAUUAAAUUACACACCCCUCAGUGACGUCGAAGUGCACUGGACAUACCAAAAGGGGGAUGCAUAUAUUGAGAUGGGGUACAUGAAUGUAGAAGUAAUGAGGCACAGUCUUCUAGCUACCAUAAAAGAAAGAAAUGAAGAAAACUUAACUAAGGAGGCGUUUUUAGAGUUCUGGGGAGAUUACGAGGAACAACCAUAUGAAUACCAUGAUGAUAAUAUCAAAGAAGACCCAAGAGUAACUUUUGAAAAAUACUUGGAUAAGAAACACAAGGGAUUUGUCACAAAAGAAGAUAUAUUAAAUAUCCCAAGGGAAACUUUAAAGGCACUAGCACGACUUGUUGAUGUUCCUCAUGGGCCGCAAGCUAAGACUGAAAAUGGUGCAAAACUGGAUAAGAAACUCGCUGUGCAUGAAGACCUCUAA